AUGAUGAAAGGCUAUUUGGCACCAUACAAGGGGAUAUCAUACCAUCUUCAGGAAUUUCGAAGGAGAGGUGGAAGCCCUAGAACUAGACAUGAAAAAUUUAAUCAUGCUCACUCAUCUCUUCGAUGUACGAUUGAGCGCACUUUUGGUGUGUGGAAGAAUAAAUGGAGAAUUAUCAGAAACAUGCCAUCUUUUCCAUUCCAUAUCCAAAUACUUAUUGUGUCUGCUACUAUGGCUCUUUAUAAUUUUGUUAGACUAAAUGAUAGGGAUGAUAGGAGCUUCAUAAACGCCAAUCGAGAUUCAAUUUCUAGAAGAGAACAUAAUAGUGAAGCAGGUAGCAGUUCUGAGCAGAACUCAGGAACUUUAACAAACCCUGCGAUGGUGGUUCUUCGUGAUUCUAUUGCUGAUUCCAUUUGGGGGGAUAACCAUUAG